AUGAGCGACGGCCUUGUCAAGCGGGCGUCCUCCUCGGAGGGCGCUCACGGCGGCCACGACAUCGAGAAGACGGGCUACCAAACACAGACCUACGACGACAACCUCAAGGAGAAUGUCCACAUCCGCGGUCUCGAGACCAGCGAAGACACGAAGCUGCACCGUGGUCUCAAGGCCCGCCACAUCACCAUGAUUGCCAUCGGUGGUGCCAUCGGUACUGGUCUCAUUGUCGGCACCGGCAAGGCUCUCGCCCAGGCUGGCCCCGGCUCCGUCUUCAUCUCGUACACUCUCGUCGGUUUCAUUGUCUUCCUCGUCAUGGCUGGUCUCGGUGAGAUGGCUGCUUGGCUGCCCAUCUCUUCUGGUUUCACUGGUUACGCCUCGAGAUUCUGCGACCCCUCGCUCGGUUUUGCCCUUGGCUGGACUUAUUGGUUCAAGUACAUUAUUGUCACUCCCAACCAGCUCACAGCCGCCGCCUUGGUUAUCCAGUUCUGGGUAGACCGUGAAAAGGUCAACCCCGGUGUCUUCAUCGCCAUCUUCCUCGUCGCCAUUGUCUGCAUCAACUACUUCGGUAUCAGAUUCUUCGGUGAAUUCGAGUUCUGGCUCUCCAGUUUCAAGGUCGUCACCAUUGUCGGAAUCAUCAUCUUCUCUCUCGUCCUGGCUCUGGGCGGUGGCCCCGACCACGAUCGCAAGGGAUUCCGCUACUGGAAGAACCCUGGUGCUUUCAGGGAGUACAUCGACACUGGCGAUGCCGGCCGCUUCUAUGGUUUCUGGUCCUGCAUGGUCAACGCCACCUUCGCCUACCUCGGUACUGAGCUUGUCGGUGUCACCGUCGCUGAGGCUCAAAACCCGCGCAAGACGAUCCCCCGCGCGAUCAAGCUCACCUUCUACCGUAUCCUCUUCUUCUACUGCUUCAGUGUCCUCCUCAUCGGCAUGCUCGUUCCUUACAACUCUCCGGAUCUCGCCUUCGCCAACAAAGCCCAGACCGGUGCCUCCGCCUCCCCCUUCGUCGUCGCUGCCACGCUCGCUGGUGUCAAGGUCAUCCCCCACAUCAUCAACGCUUGCAUUUGCAUCUUCGUCUUCUCUGCAUCCAACUCGGAUCUCUACAUCGCCUCCCGUACCCUCUACGGUCUUGCUUCUGACGGCUCCGCCCCUGCCAUCUUCAAGCGCACUGACAAGCGUGGUGUCCCCAUCUACGCCCUUGGCUUCUCCGCCAUGUUCGCCCUUCUGGCUUUCAUGAACGUGUCCAACGACUCCAAGGCUGUCUUUGGCUACUUCGUCAACCUCACCACCAUCUUCGGUCUCUUGACCUGGAUCUCGAUCCUCGUCACCCACAUCUGGUGGUGCAAGGCCCGCAAGGCUCAGAACAUCCCCGACGAGAUCCUGCCCUACGUCGCCCCCGUCGGCAUCUGGGGCUCUUACGGCGCUCUGUUCCUCUGCAUCAUCAUCGCCCUCACCAAGAACUACGAUGUCUUCACUGGCGGCGACUUUGGCAAAGAGAAGUACAAGACCUUCAUCACCGGCUACCUUGGCAUUCCCCUCUACCUCAUCCUCAUCUUCGGCCACAAGUUCUACUACAAGACCCGUGGCGUCAAGCCACACGAGGCCGACUUCUACACCGGAAAAGAUAUCAUUGACCGCGAGGAGGAGGAGUUCCUCGCUCGCAAGGCUGCCGAGAAGGAGGCCAACGGUGGCAAGGGCGGCAAGGGAGGUUGGUUCUACAAGACCUUCCUUUCUUGGCUCUUCUAG